AUGGCGUCUUUCCUCUUUGAUGACAUCGGCUCAAUGAUACAGAACGAGGCCAUAGAGAGAAUCAUCUCAUCGAUGACUGUGAAGCUUUGCCAUCUGCUCAUCUCCUUGGAGAGGGGUGAUGUAAAGAAUGAAGCGUUUGCCUCUUUGGGGAAGACAGCAGAGGACCUGGCUGAAGCCAGUGAAGAGUUUGUGCAAGUUGCCAAAAGGUUGGCAGGAGAGUCCCAGGAGAAGAGCCUCCAGGAGGAAAUAAAGCCUGUGCUCGAGUCUCUGAUCCUGUCUGGGAGGAACAUCACCCUGGUGGCUCAGAAACUCCAUUUGCAGCCAGAAGGUCGGUGUCACCAGGAGGAGCUGGUGACCACAGCUCAGCAGAUGCUGGUGGACACCACAAAGGUCCUGCUCCUCGAAGACGCAGUGAUCGCAAGGCAGACGGUGCGAGCGGCCGGCAGGUGCCUGGACUGCCUGGACGCGCUGGAGGCGGUGGAGGACGUGCCCUCGCUGCGAGGCCGCUGGGCGGAGCUGGCGGCGGCGCUGCAGCACCUGGGUGGACUGGAGGCGCGUGGACGGGAGGAGAGCCUGGGCCCCACAGGUCGCCUGCUUCGGAGCUGCGUCCCCGCGCUGCUCGCGACCGCCCGCGGCCACCUCCGGCAUCCGCGGGACCCACAGCUGGCCGCGUCCCGGAGCCGCGUCUUCGCGGCCACCAGGAAGACCCUGGGAGAGCUGCUGGGGCGGCUGGAGCCCGGCGUCGCGGGCCCCGCGGCCGGCACCGGAGUAGGCGCGCUCUCCUGGCGCCUGGGUCAGCUGCGCGAGCUGCUGGCGGAGCCCGAGCGCCUGCGAGACGGCCUGCUGGACUCGCCACUGGCCGCCGUGGUCGCGCACUGCAUGCGCCUGGCCGCCUGCUCCGCGCCACCCGAGAGACUGCGCCUGGUGGCCCGCUGCGGCCGGCUGCUGGAGCUGCGGAGCGUCGGGACCGCUCGGAGCGGCCCCGAGAGACCGGAGACCGCCGAGCAGUGCGCGGAGCUUCGGGCCGCCACCGCCGCCCUCUCCCAGGGAGUGCGCGCGGCGCUCCUGCGCCAGAUCCUGGACACGUUCACAGACACUCACAGCCCUCUUCAAAGGCUGGUCCACGCCGCCGUGGCGACUUCCGCAGCUAGGUGGCCGAGCGCGGGCGGGGACUUGUGGAAGGGCCUUCAGCGUUUCCGGGCGGCCUUCCAUGAGCGGGCCACGCAGAUGCUCCAGGUGGCCCACUUGGUCUUAAUGUGCUGGUCCCGGAGGCAAACUGGCAGAGACCUGGAGGCCGCGAUGGCAGACCUGGGCGGCCUGGUGGCUAGAGUGCACCGGCUUUUCUCUGGAGGCCCCGCAGGGUCUGAUGCGGACAGGAGCCCUGCGGCCCUGAGGGCCCUGCUUCAGGCCUGGGCCAAGGCCAGCGAACGCCUGGUGGCUUGUUUUGAUGAUGUUCUCAACAUCCCUGAAUUCCUGAGCGUGUCCAUUCAGGAAAUGAUCAAGCACUUGGACUUCCUUACGUGGGCUUUGAGGAGUGGAGAUUCCACAGGGUUUUCCAGGCCUAUGAUGUAUUUACAGGGUAGAGCCACACACAUAGUGCAGGUGAUGAGCAGGUAUGUGGGCCAAGACCCAGAUCCUAUUUUCCGUAAUGGCCUGCGAGUUUUGAUCUGGCAGCUGGAACAGUCUUCCUUGGUCCUGGGUGCAGCUGCCCAGCACAGGACCAGCGGGUGCAGCCCUGAGGACCGAGAUGUGUUUCUAACCCUGGCGAAACAGCUGGUCUCUUCAGCUCAGCAAGUCCUAGAUGGGCUGGAUGGAACCAACCACCCACCUAUCCUCAGUCCUCUUCGAGACCACGUCCAAAGAUUUGACAUUGGUAAGGGACAGCCCCAUAUCCCUCUCCCAAGCCUCCAGGACUCCACACCUCCUGAGUGGAAACACCAAAGGGUGCCUGCGUUGGGGGAAAGUGACCCAGCCACACCCUGUCCACCAGCGGACUGUCCUUCUCGCUCUUUGAGUUCUGACACUUUUCCGCAGAGGAGGUCUGCUCCUCUCCUCCCCACUAGCAAACUCAGUCCUGCGGCAGAGAGCCGAGGCCAUCAGGCAGUGGCCUCAGCUUGCACCCAAGUGCUGCAGCAGGGUGCAGCCCCAGAGGCAGCUCAAGAGGCUGGGGGGGCACCACUGGGGUCAGAAAGGAUGACAAAACUCCAAGAGCUCCCAACACUGCCACCUUCUAUGAUUGACCUAGCAAAGGAGACAGCCCCUUACACAACUGCUGGAGGUGCUAGCUUUCUGGAGUCUGCUCCUCGACUGUCUGGGAGGACCAGGGAAAGCAGGCCGGGUCGGGUAGCCAUGGCUGGUGACUGGUAUCCUCUGUGUCAGCAACUCUUUUGCCAUAACCCAAAACCUGAUCUACCAGGGAGCAUGGCAGUGUUCACAGAGCUUCAGCAGAAUUUAGCCUCAAUGGUUCAACUAGCAGCUAAAAGUGGGCCCAUGGAUUUGGAUAAGAAGGACCUUGACUCCAUGGGGCAUCCAGAUGUGCUAUUACAAAUGCAAGACAGAUUGGAGGAGGCAGAGAUCCAUGCUAAACAGCUGUUGGACACGGUUCUGGCCUCCAGUGGUCUCCAAGCUCCCACAUCAUGGGAAAAGAACAUUGAGAAUGGAUGCCUUCUGUGGUCAGUGGCAGUCCAAGACCUGAUCCAGAACAUAGAGAGGCUAAGUAGGAGACAAAGCCUGUUUCUACUGCCCCUGCAACAAGCAGUAAAGAAUCAGCAGGGAUUGCAGGAAGGGUUGGAUCAGGCAGCAGAUGUUUGCCAAAGGCUGCAGGAGGCUGCCAGGCUGUCCAGCCUUCUGUGUGGGGAUGAGCAAGUAAAGGAUGAGAUCUCAUUUCUGUGCACAGAAGUUCAUGUACUCAGAGAUGCUCUGCUGGACUUGGCAGGGAUCCUAGGCUCCUCCCCCAAACCAUCUCCCAGUCUGUCCACACGCUUUCGACUUCUCUGCUUAGAACUCACCCUCCGAGUCAAGACCCUGACUGGUCACCUCAGCAGCAUCAAUGCAGAGUACGAACGUGCCUUUCAAGAUGCUGUUUGUCCAAGGACAGAGAGUUCCCUGGAAAGAGUGAUCUCUGGUAUCCAAGCUGUACAGGGAAUUGUAGUGAGAGGUCAAGAGUCUGGACCCUGCCCAGAAGACCUUCUUGUAGCUCUGGAGAGCGUUCUUAUCCUCACCAAGGAGGUGAGCCAGAGGGUCCCUGUGCUCCAAGAACGCCCAGAGGUGUGGGGCACGCACCUGCUGGAGUGGCUUCGGUGGGAGUGGGCAGCGAGGGCCCACCAUGCAGUGACCCAGCUCCAGGCCUGGGGAGGUGGCCAUUCCAAGGCCUGCAGACUCCUGGACCAGUGCCUGAAGCUCAGGGAGGAGCCAGCAAGGGCCCCAGAACGGGACUCCGAACGGCCCCAGCUCCACUGUGAAGAGGGUGCCGCAGGGGGCGACGUGGGUCCUCCAGGUUCUGCCUCCAGGGCCCGCCCUGGGAGCUCAAUGGGAACCUGCAUUGCUGAGCCAGUGGUCACUGGGACGCCCACAGCCAACAUGGGCAUGCCUGCCUUCUUACCGCAGCAGGACGGCGCCCCCUGCCCAGCAGCCAGGCCGUGUGCUGAGCUGGACCAGCCGGCCCUUGAGGACGGCAGCAUGGACCCUGAGGACAGGAUCACCAAGAUCACGCAGGAGAUGACCACGGAGGUGUCCCUGAUGGCUCAGAGUCUGAGGAGGAGUGGGCGCGUCCUGACCAAGGAUCAGCUCAUUACCUCUGCUAAGAAAAUUGCAGCUUCUGGGCAAAACUUCACCCGACUUCUUCGCGUCAUUGCUGAGAACUGCAUGGAUCAGAGAUGCUCCCAGGAGCUCUGGUGUGCGUUGGAGCAGGUUCAAACCAUGAGCAGCCAGCUCCGCAUCAUCUCCAGCGUAAAGUCCUCCUUGGCAAGAAGCAGGUCCUCUGAAGAGAUGCUAGUUGACAACGCCCAGCGACUUCUCCAGGCCGUCUCCAAGACCAUGAGGGCUGCAGAAGCUGCGAGGCUCAGGGGACUUGAGGCCCUGUACCCUAAAGGACAUGGAUCUGGGGUGUGCAGGUCAGUUGAGAGGACGCCCUCCAGCAUGGCUCCUCGAUCUCCAACAAACCAGGGCCGGGAGUCAGCACAGCGGCGCCAGCCCCACCUGGAGGAGUCCAGGGCUGGAGACAACCCUACCUGCCAAGAGCUGGAGGAGCCGGAAGUUGCUGCCUUCUGCAUACAGUGGAGGAAGGAACUACUACGUCACAGACUCAAGAAACCUCAAACAGACUGUGACGAGCGGCCCACAAAAGCCAAGCUCUAA